UAGUAUUCUGCCAGCACGUCACGGUAGAUGGAAGAGGCAUCGCUACGUCACAGUAGAUUUGCGAUGCAUCGGUCGAUGCAUCGGUCCCGAGUCCUUUUCCGCGUGAAAUCUACUGUGACAUCAGCAAAACCAUUGUUUUAGGGCCUCACGUCACGGUAGAUUUUGCCGCUGAGCGAUGCAUUUUCCAUAAUUUUGUGAUUGUGGGCACAUGGCACCGAUGCAUUCAACUUUGAACUUCAAAGUUGAAUGCAUUGUUAUUUGAUCACUUGAUAUAACUCGCAAUCAUCGAUCGAAGUCAUGGCUGUCGAGAAUAUCAAACACGAUCUGUGUACUCUGCUUCGAGAAGAGAAGUCAUUUGAUAUUAAUGGAGUGCGUCGAACCUAUGAAACGAGAGCUGCUACUUUUAUUUCAAAAUCCUCUCCUUGGAAUCCCUUUUCAAAGGGUAAAAAUUGGAGAGAUAUGUCAAGUGAAAUGUUAAUACCUAAGCACUUGACAGUUCAUUGGCAAAGUGGAGAACUAAGAGCUUUAAAAACUAGAGGUGAUGGUAAUUGUCUGUACAGAGCCUGCUCAAAAUUACUUUGUGGCAAGGAAGACCUAUGUCAUUUGCUGAGAGACUUGACAAGCAUUGAGCUAUUCAAUCACCAGGAGUAUAUGCUAACCACCCUUACUUAA